AUGCCCGGAACCGUUGAAGAGCCACUUCCAACCUCCAAGAAGGUGCAGGAACCCAUUGACAUCGAGAAAAUCUUCCAUUACACCGACCUCGACACCCCCAGGGCCACGCGCGUCGAGGACCCCUACGACUACCAAUGGGGCUGGGGUAAUCGCUUCCAGAGCGAAAUCAUCCCAGGCACGCUGCCCGUUGCGCAAAAUCACCCACAGGUCCCGCGUUUCAACCUGUACACCGAAGGCCUCACGUCUUCCGCCUUCGCCGCAAGCAGAGCCGCGAAUGCGAGCACGUACAUGUACCGCUGCCGGCCCUCGGUCGCGAAUCAUGGCUUCCAGGAUGGCGUGUUCGCGUCCAGAGCGCAUGUGGAAAGCUGCUUUCUGUCCGUCAACUCAAAGGUCAAGAUGAACCCGGCACAGAUCGAAUGGGCGCCUUUUGACCUUCCUCAAGAAGGUGAAGAGGUUGAUUUUGUGGACGGCCUGCACACUUUGGGUGGAUCUGGGGAUGCCAGCAUACGGGAUGGACUUGCGCUGCAUGUUUUUAUGAUCAACGCCCGGAUGACGCGGAGGGCGUUCUUGAAUGGAGACGGAGAGUUCUUGAUUGUCGCCCAGCUGGGCAACCUCGACAUCCAGACGGAGAUGGGCAAAAUCUACCUCCAGCCUGGCGAGAUCUGUGUGAUUCCGCGCGGCAUCAAGUUCUGUCUGAACCCAGCUGACGGCACGAGAGAGGCGCGAGGCUACAUCCUGGAGGUUUGGGGCUCACGAUUCGAGUUGCCCGAUCUUGGCCCUAUUGGAGGAUAUGGAAACGCCAAUGUACGGGACUUUGCAUACCCCGUUGCGUAUAUGGACGAUCCAGAGGACCUACAUCAGCAGUGGCAUAUCGUCGAGAAGAUCAACGGCGAGUACCAUGUCUUGAUGCAGGACCACAGCCCGUUCGAUGUUGCGGCGUGGCACGGCAAUUGCUUGCCUUACAAGUACGACAUGACCAAGUUCGUCGCACAAGGCAGCACGUCCGUCGAUCAUACAGAUCCUUCGGUGUGGACCCUUCUGACUGCACGCUCCCGUGACCCCAAUGUGCCGCUCGUCGACUUCAUCUGGUUCGGGCCGCGCUGGGACGUCGCCAUGAACAGUUUCCGGCUGCCGUAUUUCCACCGCAACAGCGCGAGCGAAUUCAUUGCGAACAUCUAUGGUGCGUCGGGUGGGCGGAGUGCCAACUUUAGACCAGGAGGAGGCGUCUAUGAGGCUGGCCACACGGCACAUGGCGGGUUCGGGGACAUCUAUGUCAUGGAGCGGAGAAAGAAGAGGAAUGAGCCGAGAAUCUUGUUCCAGGGCAUGAUGACAUUCAUGAUCGAGUCGUCACGGUCACUCCUCUUCACCGAAUGGAGCCGCGAGCACAGCACCAACGACGCCACUCCGCCAGAAGUCUGGGACACGGUGCCGGACCAGUUCUCCACUGAUCCCAAGGUGCGGGCCCUUCUGCAGCGGGUGAAGAAGCAAAAGGCCGAGAGGAAAGCAGAAGACGAGGCCUACUAUGAUGACGAGCGGAUACAACAGCUCCUGAGCAAAGUCACUGUAGUUGAGCAGAAUGGGACUGGGGCGGUAAACGGCACUUCCGAACAUGAGUCUGCACCUGAGCAGAAUGGGACCGGGGCGAUCAACGGGGCUUCUGAACACGAGGCUGCACAGGCGAUUCCUCUUGGGAUCGAGGUGUAG